GAGCAAUGCAGCAGCAGCAUUUGUUUUUGCUCUCCGCUGGCUGUGCUUUUGCCACCUUUGUGCUGCUUAUUUCGUGCAAAAAAUUAUUAAUAAAAUAUACACUGUAAGAAACUUAAAUACGACUUAAUACACUGGAAAUAAUGCUCGCGCUGUUGUGUGUUGUGUGGCCGCCACUGUUGCUGCAACGUCCUCUGCUGCUGUUUGCUGUGCUGUUGCUUCCGCCUGCAACGCAGCGGGCAGCGACGUCAAAGUGCGCGCAUUAAAUAUUUAGAAAGAGACAGCUGCGUAGCUCUCCCAUGCAUUUAUCGGGUCCUAUGUCUACCUGCCGAGAACUUUGAUUAUGUGGAAACGCUCGCUCAAAGUACUAGUAGCCCUCAUCUUGAGCUUGAUGUUCACCCUCUCCCUAGUGAAGAUUGUUCUAUUGAUCUGGACCUCGUAUCCCCCCGCCUGGCUGCAACGCUACACCGACGCCGAGCGCCCCCUGCCCACCGUUGACGAAUGGCUGGAUUCCGAGCAAUUGUCCGGCUACAAACAGUUAUUUCGCGAUAAAGGGAUCUCCUCGCUGUCGAGCUGCGGGGACCCGGAACGUUUGCCGGAACUGCCGCCGUUGGACGAGCAGCGACUGCAGCGAGCGGCUCUGCAUCUGCAGCAGAAGCUGAUACUGCGCGAAUGGCUGAGGGACCAUCGCAUGCAGCAUCAUUACCAGCGGCUGCUGGGCGUUGAGGUGGCCUCCCUGGAGGACGUCUACUGGCUGGAGGAUUCGCGGGCGAGCAGCAUUUUGGGCAAGGACUGGCACCUGUGGUCCUCGGCGCGACAGAAUCUGCCCACAUCCAAGUCGCAGCUGGACGCACUCAAGGCGCAGCUCUGGUCGACGGUGGUCAAGUCGAGCCAGCACCAGGACGCCUGGACAUGGGGUGGCAUGCUGGUGGUGUCCGUUUCCGUUGCCGGCCUGGUUACCCUCGCAGCCAUGACCCAGCCCUCGCUGGCCCCCGAGGCCCGCCACUCGCUGCUGCAGUACGUCACGGGAAAGUAUCUGCUGCCCGCCAACUGCAAGGUGCAGUGGGACUGGAAGGAUCCGGCCCGUGUCGGCGGCACCAUGUGCUUUGUGGUGCGCUUCUUUCAGCGCAACGGCCAGCCCUAUCCCAUCUGUGAUACGGACCAGUUCUUCGUGGAGGUCACCGAGGGCACACGCAAGGUGGUGACCAUCAGCGAGCUGGGCUCCUCCACCGAUCCCAACAAUGCCAAUAUCGCCAAGGUCAAGUUCACCGUCCGCACCGCCGGCCAGUACAAGAUCUCUGUGCUCAUUGGGGCCAGCCACAUAGCUGGGUCGCCCUUCUUGCGCAACUUCCUGCCGGGCUGCAUCGAUGCCCGCCGGUCGCGCUUCAUCCGUCCCGCCAGCACCGUCAUUUGCUGUGCCGGAUCACCCACCCUGAUGCACAUCGAGCCCAGGGAUGAGUUCGGCAAUGCCUGCCUCUUCGAUCAGUCCCAGUCGGAUGACGCGCUGCAGGGCUAUCAGGUGGCUGUUUAUGAUCUGCAUGGCGUGGCCGUGGAGAAGCUGCACCAUGCCAUUGCCUUCAACUAUGACAGAGUCAACUCCCGGGUCUCGGUCACAGCGCUCUUUCCCGAGCCCACAUGCCUCAGGGCUGUGAUCAGCUACAAGGAUCAACAGCUGCCAAACGGAGACUUCGACAUCAUUGUGCUGAGCAGCAGCGACACCACGCUGGUGCACAAGAACAUUGCCUCGCGCAAGCACAACAUUUGCUAUGAGGCCAAGCUGCUGAGUGUGUUCGGCUCCUCGAAGAGCAAGCCGCGCAAGGUGCUCUGCUAUGUGGGACCCAAGCAGGCUCAGAACUCGCUGAUCUUUCAGGUGACCAUCAAGGAGAUGAUACUGAAGUUUAUACCCAAGCGGAUUGCCACCUUUCGGCUGUGUCCCUCCACCAAGUUUCACUUUCUGCCGCAGCUGGUCUCGCAGCUGCACGGGCCCGUCUUCAUCAUUGACGAUGGGGCACAGCCAAGGAUUGAAUUGGCCUCGAAGGAUCGCAAUAUCAUAGCGGCCACAUUCACGCACUUUCUGCUGAAGAACAUUGGCGGCUCGGAGACGUUCAAGGACAAGCAGGACUUCUUCUAUCACGAGGUGCGCAAGUUCCAUGCCAGCUACUACCACGAGAAGAUGGCGCUCAAGGUGCAGCGCGAAAAGAUACUCGAGAGCAGCAUGAAGGCCACCAAGGGCUUCUCCGUGUCCGAUUGGUGUGGCAACUUUGAGGUGACAUUCCAGGGCGAGCAGGGCAUCGAUUGGGGCGGGCUGCGUCGCGAGUGGUUUGAGCUCGUCUGCAGUUCGCUCUUCGACGCUCGCGGCGGCCUCUUCUGCACAUUCCAUGACAAGCAUCAGGCGCUCGUCCAUCCGAAUCCCACACGCGCCGCACACCUGAAGCUGAAGCACUUUGAGUUUGCCGGCAAGAUGGUGGGCAAGUGCCUCUUCGAGAGCGCCCUGGGCGGCAGCUAUCGCCAGUUGGUCCGCGCCCGCUUCAGCCGUUCGUUUCUGGCCCAGCUCAUAGGUCUGAGGGUGCACUACAAGUACUUUGAGCAGGACGAUCCGGACUUGUAUCUGUCGAAAAUCAAGUACAUUUUGGACACUGAUCUCGAUGCCACAGACACGUUGGAGCUGUAUUUCGUGGAGGAGCUGUACGAUGCCAGCAAUGGACAGCUGAGCAAGACCAUUGAGCUCAUUCCGAAUGGCGCCAAAACGCGGGUCACCAAUGCCAGCAAGAACCAGUACUUGGAUUCCCUGGCACAGCAGCGAUUGUGCAACAGUGUCAAGGACGAGGUGGACAGCUUUCUGAAGGGCCUCAACUCUAUAAUUCCCGAUAAUCUUUUGAGCAUUUUCGAUGAGAAUGAACUAGAGCUGCUCAUGUGCGGCACUGGGGAGUACUCCAUCAGCGACUUCAAGUCCCAUCACAUUGCCAAUGGCAAUUCGUCGGAGUUCCGGCGUGUGCUGGCCUGGUUCUGGGCCGGAGUGAGCAACUUCAGCCAGACGGAGAUGGCCCGCCUGCUGCAGUUCACCACGGGCUGUUCACAGCUGCCGCCCGGCGGAUUCCAGGAGCUGAAUCCACAGUUUCAGAUCACGGCUGCACCCACAUUUGGCAAUCUGCCCACGGCGCACACUUGCUUCAAUCAGCUGUGCCUGCCGGACUACGAGAGCUACGAGCAGUUCGAGAAGUCGCUGCUGUUGGCCAUCAGCGAGGGCAGCGAGGGCUUUGGCAUGGUCUAAAAAUGGCAGAAAGGAAGGAAAAUCGAAGCAAAAUGGAAAAUGGAAGGAUGGAAAUGUAAUUUCACGCAUUUUAAAGUUUUAGUUUUAAGUUCAUUUGCUGUGUCUGCUGCGACUGUGUUCCUCUCUCUCCCUCUCUUUGAGCGCUUUAUAUGUAUGUCAUGGUAGAUGCUAAGAGUUAAACUAUAACUAGUCUGUAAGUCUGCCUAGGGAUUAGAAUUGAACGAAAUUUUGAUUUGCUUUUCCCCGCCCCCGGCCCCCCGUUGAAAACUCGAUAUUCGAUAUGCGAUAUUUUAUGUGCGUGGGUGAGCAAUAAUUAGUUACGGAUUAGUUACGGAUUAGCCCGAAGAUGUAUUGAAGUAGUUUUUGAGUCGAGUCGAGUCAAAACAAAUGCAAAUUAAAACUGAAUAUAUAUCAUCAUCAAAAAGAAUGUGAUAAUUGUAUUAUAAAGUAAUGCAACCUAAGCGUAAAGGGAAACCAAACAACUUUUAAGCCAACCCCCCUCUCUCGGGUGUACCAACUAAAACCAAAAACUAAUUUAGUUUUUAAUUGUUAGCUGGCGCUGUGUGUAAAACUCAACAACUGAAAACCAAAGCUAAAACGGAAACACUAAAACUUUGUAGCAUAUUGUACGUAAAAAUAAACAAACAAACAAACAAAAAACACACAGAAUAUUUGUAAAAUUUAAAUACGAAUCAAUAUCCAUAGUCAAACGCAAAAAACAUACACUAAAAAGCAAUGUUAAUAUGCAUUUCCUCUAACAAAAUAUACAACAGCAAAAAUACGACACAAAAAAAGUAAAUAUUGAAUAAAAAACAAAACAAAAUAUAAAUGUUGCCAAAUUCUGGCACAAAAAAAACUUCAAAUGGAAAUCCGCCCCUCCCUCUGUGCCCCUGCCCCCUGCUAUACCCUUCCCCUUCUAUAAGCAAUACGGAAGCAAAAAUGUUUAAUUGUAGUUUUUAAAUGUUGUUGAAAAAGCAAAGCAAAAAUCAAACAAAUCAUAUACUUAAAAACAAAUAUAUAUAGAAAUUGUAAUGGAAUUGUAGUUGUUGAAGGAACUCUAAAAAGAAAAAAAAAAAACAAAACGAAAACGAAAAGCUUACGAUACGAGUAUAUAUCACGAA